AUGGCGCCUGUUAAUGAACUGCUUCUAAAGAUUCUGGAUGAUCUGGACUCUAAAAAACUACACAGGUUUAAAUGGCUCUUAAAGAAGAAUUAUGCCUCUAUUUCAACUGCUGAUACUGAGAACGCAGAAGCCACUGGCAUAGUGGACAUAAUGGUGGCACGAUUCACACCAGCAGGAGCCGUGCAGGUCAUGUUGGACAUCCUGAGGAAGAUGAAAGAGAACCAUCUGGCUGAACAGUUAGAGAACGAAUACAAGGAUGGUGAAGCUGUAAAUGCUCCUGUACUCUCAAGUCCAGUGACCGUCAACUCGAGCUCCGGUGCUGUCGGUCUAGAGCAACAGUCCCGCAGAGCUGAGAAUAAAUUACGUUUUCCAGUUUUGAAGAGCUUUUCACUUACAGGUCCGAGUGCUGAGAAGAAAUUGCAUUUGCCAGUUUUGAAGAGUUUUCCACUUCCAAGCAUAAAUGGUCGGGAUUUGGAGAUUAAACAGUAUGCCCGUAAUCUUACACUGGAUCCAAACACGGCCCAUCCGAACCUCUGUCUGUCUGAGAGGAACCGCAAGGCAACGCACGUGAGAGAGAAGCAGCCGUAUCCGGGUCAUCCGGAGAGAUUCGACUGGCAGCCGCAGGUUCUGUGUCGAGAGAGUCUGACUGGACGCUGUUACUGGGAGGGAGGAAAGUAA